AUGUCUCGCUAUAGUGACGUACGUGAUGAACCGUUAGCAAAAUUUCUCUCGCCCAUCAAAGGCUACGAGGCAACUCUUCCAAUACCAUUGGAAGAAUCAAUAUCUUUUGUAUCCGAUUUCUUCGACGGCAUCCGUGAUUAUGUAUUUGUAGCUAAACACAAUUGCAAGUAUCCAGCAGAUGGUCUCAAACAAGAUGAAUCGGCGUCGAUUUAUUUAUAUACAAUGCAGUUCGAUAUCGAACCUAGUUUGUAUAAAAUCCUCAAUUCAGCUCUUAGAAAUAAAAAUCGACAACAACUUAAACCAUGGUUUCCUUUUCUUAAACUAUUUCUUUCGGCUCUUUACAAGAUUCCUUCUUGUGCUAAGACAGUAUGGCGAGGAAUAUGUAAUGUUGAUAUGAGCUCCAUGUAUCCGACUGGACACAAGUUUGUUUGGUGGGGUGUUAGUUCAUGUACAUCCAAUUUAGAAGUUCUUAAUAGUGAUCAAUUUUUGGGUAACCAUGGAAUGCGAACGUUGUUCUCCAUCGAAUGUCGAAAUGGAAAACCAAUUGGAUCGCAUUCUUAUUUUGAAAACAAAGAACACGAAGUCAUUCUAAUGCCUGGGUCUUACUUCGAAGUCAUGAGUCAGCUGAAUUUAGAAGAUGGAUUACAUAUUAUUCAUCUCAAAGAAAUGGAACCACCUAUUACAUUUGUUAAACCACCAUUUGCACAUUUAACACCAACACCGAAGCCGAUGGAAAAGCCUAGUAUUCUAACUCCUAUUAUGAGUAAACCAAAUAAGCAGCCUCUAUCAAUGAAAAAUGCUGAUCACGUUGUGUCAGUAAAAACCAAGCCACAGACAACUCAACACUAUUCGUCCACGAAAACGGACAAUUCACCGAAACCUAAAAGCAUCAAAUCCAUCCAUAUCAAACCACCAACAGGUAAAAGAUAUUAA